ACACACUCACACACACUAAAAAUUCUAUCCCUAACUAGCCAAUCAUAGGUGGGAUUUGAACUAUGAAGAAGAAGAAGAACGAUGUCAAUGGCGACGAAGCUAUUACCAACACUUAGGGUUUCUCCACAACCAAACAAAAGUCUCUCCCCUUCCAUGCCAAGCUCUUCCAAUUCGCUCUCUUUCUCUAUCAUUUCUCCAACACUACCUACAACUUACUGCGGCAGAGGUGAUCGAAAAACAGCCAAAGGAAAACGCUUUGCUCACUCUUUUGGAAAUGCAAGACCAAGGGAUAAGAAGGGGAGAGGACCAGCGAAGCCCCCUGUGCCACCGAGUCCACCGAAGAAGGAUCGCUUCACUGAUGAUUUGAUGAAGAUAGAUCGCUGCCACCACUGAAUUUAUAUGAGUACUUUCUCAACUAGGUCUUUGUUAUUUGAAUUUUGAAUCCAAGUUGCAAUUUUGAUAAAUUCAAUAGGUCGAUAAUGCUUCUAGCAACUUGUUAAGUGAUGUUGGAAUUUGGAUUAGAAAAAUAUGAAGCAUGAAUGGAACAAAUCAUGUGCAACGUUGAUUUUAGCUCCAUUAGAGUGUGAACUUACAUAAUGUGUGUGAAUUGGGUUGUUGAGUGGAUUAACAAUUCUAUUCUCUUUUAGUAUGCUUUAUUUGACUUGCAGAAUAUAUUUUUUGAUCCCAUUUUAAUGCACAAGAGAGAAGAGACUAGUGAUGCUAAACUGGCCA